AUGAUGAUGUUAAACCAUACAAUUAAAUAUGGGUAUACAUCAGCCAUCAACAAUAUUGCUAGAUAUGGUGUAAACCGUAUUGGUCAAUUCAAGACUACUACGAGUACACCAACAUCAAUACUAGACAAUACAUCAUCAAUCUCAAACAUUAGAUAUUAUUCAACAACAACAACAACAACAACAAAAACAACAACAACAACAACAGCAGAACCUCUCUUGAAUAUUAGUAAUGUUAAUAAGAAUAAUAAUAAGAAAAAGACAACUACUACAAAUACUCCUCCUCCGACUACUUCUGAUACAACUACCAUUUCAUCAAAAAUUCAAGAUUAUGAAAAUAAUUAUAGCAAGAUUGAACAAUUAUUAAAGAAUGGAAAGAUUGUGAUGAAGUUGGUAAAGAGUUUAGAGUAUCAUGCAAGAUUGGAUCUAUUGGUAAAGAUCUUUUCAUACUCUACAUUGGUGGUUUCAACGAGGUUGAUUGAUCAGAUCAUUUAUGACUGUGAAAAUUCAAAAACAUCUUUGGGUGAAAUCGAAACAUUCUUGGAUUCUUAUAAUGACAGUGCUGAAGGUGCUACUUCUGUCGCUGCUAGUUUGGUCGGAGCAGAAUUCAAAAGAGGUACCAAAGUAAAGGUAUCACAUCACCAUACAUUCAACACUAAAUUGUUGGGUGAUGCAUUUGUAGUAUUGGAUGACAAUGUAUCGGCCGAUCUGAUGAAAGGUCUGUUUGAAAUUGCCAACAGCAAUGACAGUGUUGGAGGAUUACACAAGUUUAUCUGGAGAGAUAAUAUCUGUCAACAUAUUGUCCGUACCCUUUUAAACCUCAAUCGUUACAAUGUCGCCCUACGUUGGUUUGCACAUACCAGUGAACUUGAAAAUGCUUGGGAGUUAAGAUUAUCAUUACUUCAUCUUUUCCAAACUUAUCAUACAAUUAAAUCAACUCCAAAAGAAAAAGAACAAGAUGAAGGAAAAGAAAAAGAAGAAAAACAAGAUAAUAAUUUAAUAUUAGUACAUCAACAAUUGGCAACUAAUUAUGGACAAAUUGUUGUAAGACAAGUUGAUGCAGCUGCUAUAAAUGGUUAUAAAAAAUCAAAACAAUCAUCGAUGAAUAGAAUUGAAUCAAGUAUUAGAAAUUCUAGAACUCUUCCACCUACCCAUCCACACCAAGAACAACUAAGUAAUCUUGUUCAAAAGUACAACGAUUGUUUGUUGGCAUUGAAUACACCGGGGCCACGAGACUCUGGAAAGAUUAUUGGCGAGUUGAAAUUGGCUAGUUCCAAGAUCAAAGACUUGUUGCUCAAUAGUCCACAGUUUUAUUCAACACCGCGUCAAUCAAAGCUGCCAUCGGGGACGGUGUUUUUAGAGGCUGUCAACAUUAUCACCGAUUCAAGAGCCAAAUAUUUUGAAUUGAUGAAACCCAGUACUCCAUCGAUCGUCAGAACACUUGCAUUCAAACCAAGUUACUAUCAAAACUAUCUAUUCAAAGGAGAUGGAGAUGUACCAGAUUUACUCGAGAUACUCGAGCACAGUCAAUCAAACACUGUCGUCUUGUCGAGUAUGGUGCCAAGAAUGCUGUUCCGUGGACUCACCAAGGCCAGAUACGUCCAAGAUGCUGUUGCACUCAUGGAGUCGACCCCUGUCCGUCUAAACUACCACGAUUUUGCCCGAAUCGCUGAAUUGAUUGCCAGUCACGAGGCUGAGACCUUUAUCCGUACCGAGACGCUCAAAUUGCUCGAAAAAAUGAUGGAAGCAACACCCAAGACCAAGGUACAAGAGGAUAUUGAACAACAACAAGAGGAAAUGGAGAGCAAAACAAAACAUCAACUACACCCAGCACACCAACCAAAAGUCUUGCUCAACAAUUCCACCUACAAUCAAAUCAAUAUCAAGAUUGCUCAAAUCAUGGCUGGAUUACAAAGAUAUGAUUCACAAACCUACAAUGAUUUACAAUACUUGCUCAAUUUCUAUAAUGAUAUGACUACACGUCUAUUAGAAUCAAGAGAUGGUGUAUGGUAUAUCAAACCAACAAAAGACGAGUCAAAAGAAACAGCAGAUCUAAUCCCUCUGCCAAAGAGACAAUUACAAAGAUUGUAUAAUCUAGCAAUUAGAUUAUGGUUGGCUAAUCGUUACCCCAACAACAACAACAACAAGGUGGCUAUUGAUGAUGAAGUAGUGAUUCAAGAGUUGAUUGGUGCCGAAAUUCAACAUUAUGCCAAGAUUACUCUAGACACUGAAGCUUCGAUGAGAGAGUGGAUCGGUCCAGUCUGCAGCGUCCUAGUCAAACGUAAACAAGCACAUUUGGUCGAUCUAUUUUUGGAUUCUGUCGAACCAAUUGCCAACAUCAAAACAGCAAAUGGAUCCAUUCAUUCAGAUACACUCUUUAGAAUCUUUAAUCGUUAUGGCAAUCAAGAUGAAAAGGUUAGACUCAUGGAAACCUAUGGUAAAGGAAAACGUUUGAUUGGUUGGAGUGAACCACUCUACAGAUACCUAAAGAAAUUCAUCAGAAAGGAUACAAGAGACGAUAAAAAGGACAAUAUUGCUCAACACUUGAUGAGUCAAUUAACUAGAAGGGACAAAGAUUUAACUGAUCAAAAUAGAAUUUAUCUUUCUAAUUUAAAAAGAAAUAAAUAA